CCCAGCUCCCAAAGCUCCCCAGUCACCUUACGUAAUCGGUCAAGCCUGUCAACCGGAAUUGACUGGCAGCUCAAUUCAAUCAAUCACCUCACAAACCGAAAACCGCCCAACGCGACAGCAAACGACGAGCCCGCCCGCACGAGGGACGAUACGACAGUAGCGACAUUCGAGACCAGCGAGCGACAUUCAUAUCUGCCCAGCAUGCCUCAGGAUAUGCCCCCUCGGGGCGGGUACGAGCCCGUCCAGUACAAGGUGCGUUGGAAGUUUACGGGAGUGCAACUGGGGGGAUGUGUUGUUUGAGAGUGUUUGGGGAAUCAAUUGGUUCGGGAAGAGUUUAUUGAAAGAGUUGGGGAGGCGUUGCGAUUAAUUGCGAGGGCUGGGAAGACAUGGGGCAGUUGCAAGCAGUUAGAAUGGACGAUUAUCUGACUUUCUACAGCGAAACCUCCCAGCGAAGGGUUUCCGUCCCGGUAUCCUCCUCCUCGGAAUGGGCGCUGUCAUGGGCUACGGCUGGUAUAAGCUGAUCGGCGGCAUGCGCGAGGCCAACGAACUCGGCCGUGAAAAGAUGUGGGCUCGCAUCAACCUCAUUCCCCUCCUCCAAGCCGAAGAGGACCGCGAUCAGGUCCGUCGAUACCUAGCCGACCAGAAGCGUGAGAAGGAGUUGCUCGGUGACAAUGCCAAGGUUUACAACAGCGACCGGUUCGUGAGGCCGACUUUCGCUGUUACACCCCCUCCUACUACAAACUAAACGGUGGAAAGACGCAAGCUUGUAUAUAUGUUUUAACAAAGUGGUUUUACCUGGAAUUGAAAGGUCACAAAGAAGACACUGCUAACUCAACUGUGACUGCUUGACGCUCUCGAUCUUCUCCUCUGUCCACUCCCACAGCUUCUUCCCCAACUCCUCACUGAAACACAUAGCAUCCCCUUUGUUUGCCUUUCCAACUGGUUCAUAAAACGCCACUGCCUCAUCUCUCUUGACAUCACCGGCCGCAGCCCAAGCGGUGUUGUAUCCGCCCUGCUCAACCGUCAUCAUAGAUGGGUUGGUAACAUACACAAACAUUCUCUUCCAGAACCCAAGGCCUGUGACCAAAUUUGUAGCAAUAACACCAGGAUGGACAACAACGCUCUUGAUGGCGGGGUAUCGUCGCUCAAGUUCCUUGGCCAGGACGAUGUUGGCGAGUUUGCUCUGUCCGUAGCGACUCCAUGUUCCAAAGGGUAAGUGUUCUUGGAGUGAAUGAAGCGUCUCAAAUUCGAUGCCUUUCUUGGGAUGGCCUGCAUAUCCGAGUGAAGUAACACUAACAAAACGAACUUCACUCGUCUCGGCAGUUUUCUGCAUGAUUGGCAAAAGAGCCAUCAAAAGCGUCGCGUUGCCGACAUGAUUAACACCAAACUGCAACUCAAGUCCAUCCUGAGUAAGCCCGUCAACAGCCAUGACUCCCGCAUUUGCGAUGAAGAUAUCCAAUUGAUCAUGUGCGAAAUUCUUCGCUGCGGAGCGCAUGCUUGCAAUGGACGUCAGAUCACAUUCGAGGAAUGUUGCAGGAACGGGGGAGAUGGAGGAUAUGAGAGUCGAUGCGGCAGUUGAGGAGCGCCCGGUGAAGUAGAUGUGAGAUGGGUUAUGAGAGGCAAGGGUCAGGAUAGCAGAGCGACCCAAGCCGGAAGUUCCUGGCGUCUUGUUAGUGUGUGGUUACGGAGAAGGAUGAUGACGACGAACCGCCGGUGAUGAGGAUAACUUUUCCGGCGAGAGAGGGAAUGUCGGUUUCUGGAUUGAAGCCUUUGAAUGAUGCCAUGAUUGCUAUGAAUCGUGAUUUCAG